AUGAAAAUCAAAGCACUGUCUCGCCCAGUGGCGUCGCAGCAGGCCCCCGGGUCUGCUACCGUUCGUCAAUCACGGAAUCUGGAUCCAGCCCAGCAUCCUUUCGAGCGGGCCAGAGAAUACACUCGGGCUCUGAAUGCUAUCAAGAUGGAGCGCAUGUUCGCUGCGCCCUUCCUGGGUCAAAUGGGUGACGGACAUAUCGAUGGUGUCUACUCUAUGGCUAGGGACCCUCUCUCGCUUGAGCGCUUUGCGAGUGGCAGUGGUGACGGUGUGGUAAAGGUGUGGGACCUCACAACCCGGGAGGAGAUCUUCCAAACGCAAGCGCACGAAGGUAUGGUGAAGGGACUUGAAUUCUUGCCUGCGGAAAGAAAGCUCUUGUCUUGCGCCAGCGACAAAACCAUCAAGUUGUGGGACCCGUACAAUACGACCUCCGAGGCUCCCCCCAUGACAAGUUAUCUGGGCACGAGUGCCUUUACCAGUAUCUCACACCACCGCUCGAUGCCUGCAUUUGCAGCCGCCUCGUCUGUCAUUUCAAUCUACGAUCUCUCGCGGCCAUCUUCCUCUCCUUCGCAGACUCUGCACUGGCCGACCAGCGUUGAUACCAUUACCUCUGUUGCAUUUAACCAGUCUGAAACCUCCGUUUUGGGUUCCACUGCCCUCGAUCGGUCCGUUGUUCUAUACGAUUUGCGAACUUCGUCGCCAGUGCACAAGUUGGUCCUCAAGCUGGCUUCUAAUAAGAUUACAUUCAACCCCCAAGAGACCUUCAACUUCGCUGUGGCCAAUGAGGAUCACAACGCUUACAUCUUCGAUAUGAGAAAAACAGAUCGGGCUCUGAACGUUCUGAAGGACCAUGUGGCUGCUGUUAUGGAUGUCGAGUUCAGUCCCACUGGUGAGGAUCUGGUCACUGCAUCAUACGACCGAACUGUUCGCCUUUGGUCCAGGCAGAGCGGCAGAUCCAAGGAUAUUUACCACACGAAGCGUAUGCAACGUGUAUUCGCCGCCACAUUCACUCCUGAUAGCAAGUACGUGCUGUCCGGUUCAGACGACGGAAACGUUCGGCUGUGGCGUGCCAACGCAUCUGAUCGCAGUGGAAUCGUGAGUGCACGUCAACGCAGCAAGCUUGAGUAUGACAAAGCCCUCAUCAAGCGCUACUCGCACAUGCCCGAGAUCCGUCGCAUCCAGCGCCAGCGUCAUGUGCCCAAGCCUAUUAAGAAGGCUGGUGAGAUCAAGCGUGAGGAGCUGGCUGCCAUUAAGAGGCGUGAGGAGAACGUGCGCAAGCAUACCAGUAAGAAGGAUCUGAAGCCGAGAAUGCCUGAGCGUGAGAAGAUGAUUCUUACCCGCGAGCAAUAA